CUCAGAGUAAUAUUUGGAAUGUUGUUCCCGUAUAAUAAAGUAGAGCUGCAAAGUCUACAUGUUGUAAAAUUGGGUUAAGAAGCAUUAAUAAUGCUGCAAAACAAGCAGACGGGUCGAGGUAAGACUCCGCCAGAUGUCUAUCGGAAAGACUCCAUCUAGACCACAAGUACUUCUUCUCAGUGGGUUAAUAGGCCAUCGAUGGGAUAUCCGCAAUAACCCGUGCCCUUUCCGCCUCUUCUUCUCCCUUCUUGGCUAUUCUGUCUCUGGCCAAAAGUGGGCCAUCUGCCGAUCCAACCGAUGAAUGAUCCAUGGAAUAGCAGUUGCCCCUCUGUAGCGGUUCCUGGCGUAUAAAUUAUAAAGAUUUGGGGUUGUCUCCUAUCCCUUCACUUAGUUGCACCUGUCAUACUCCAAAACCUAGACAUACCUCUGCCCAUUCAAUCAUUCACAAUGGCUCAAGAUUACAAGUUUGAAGGAUGGAUGGGUCUCGACAAGGACUCCGCCGACGGAAAGAUGGUCUGGCAGGAGUUUGAGCCCAAGCCGUGGGAGGAAACCGAUGUUGACAUUAAGAUCACUCACUGCGGUAUCUGCGGUUCCGAUUUGCACACUCUUCGCAGCGGCUGGGUAAGUCAUCCAUCACCAUGUUUGAUUUUGUAGAAAGUUGGAGAAUUUAGAUGCUAACCUCAGCAGAGACCUA